UAUCAAGCCACCAAAAUGGGAAGCAGAUCUCUGAGUUUAGCCUUCUGGGUUCUCUUGUCUCUGCUUCUAUUCUUCUCUGGUCCAUCUCAUCAGCAAGGCCUUCCACCUUUUCCAAACCCAAGACUCCUGAAUGCCUACACGGCUCUCCAGGCAUGGAAACAUGUAAUUCUGUCGGACCCAAAGAACUCCACUGCAAACUGGUAUGGCCCUCAUGUCUGCAACUACACUGGCGUCUUCUGUGCACCAGCCCCAGAUGAUCCCUAUAUAAAAACAGUUGCUGGGAUUGAUCUCAACCAUGCCGACAUCGCUGGUUCCUUGCCGGAGGAGCUCGGCCUUCUUACCGACCUCGCCCUCUUCCACAUCAAUUCCAAUCGCUUUUGCGGAACCAUCCCCGAGAGCUUUAAAAACAUGCAUCUCCUUUACGAGCUCGAUGUUAGCAAUAACUGGUUCACAGGUCCAUUCCCUUCUGUGGUGCUUUGCCUCCCUUCACUCAAAUACCUUGACAUCCGAUACAAUCAAUUCGAAGGUGAAGUUCCCACCCGCCUCUUCGACUUGAAUCUCGAUGCAAUCUUCAUAAACAACAACAGGUUUAAGUUCACCCUUCCGAAAAACAUUGGUAACUCUCCGGCAUCUGUGCUUGUCAUGGCGAAUAUUCAAGUUAGUGGUUGCCUGCCUUCAAGUUUGGGCAAUAUGACUGGAACGCUCGAUCAGAUUAUUCUCAUGAAUAUGGGUCUACGUUCUUGUAUCCCGCCGGAGAUUGGAUAUCUGAAGAACAUAACGGUUUUCGACGUUAGCUUUAACAACUUGACGGGGCCAUUGCCGGAGACCAUAGGAGAGAUGAAGAAACUGGAACAUCUGAACGUGGCUCACAACAAACUGAUCGGUGAGAUCCCGGAGAGCAUAUGUGCCUUGCCGAGGUUGAAGAACUUCACCUUCUCGGAUAAUUACUUCUGCAGUGAACCACACCUCUGUCUCAAGCUAAAGCAUAAGAACGACAAGAAGAACUGUAUUCCAUAUCAACCAAAGCAACGGUCACCAGAGGAAUGUAAGGCUUUCCUUGACCACCCUGUACAUUGCGAUUCAUUCGGGUGUUCACCACCACCACCGCCUCCUCCUCCACCACCUCCGCCUCCACCACCGAUUCAUUACUAGUAUCUAUGAGUCAUGACCAGUCCUAAAAUUGUGUGAGAUUGUGAAGUCGUCAUUAUCUCUUGGUUUGAA